CAACAGCAUUGAUGGCAGCUAACAACGCUUAUUGGCAACCUUUCGCACCCACGGAUUUGAUGGACACCGCACCUAAUUUGUUACUAACACAACCUACGGCUGCAACUUCACAGCAUCUACCGCCUCAUCCUCAAAAUAUACCGCCUCCUUCGUCUGCUCCACAGCCACAAUCACAGCCUCAUCCUCAACAGCCAUGGAACAAUGACUUUAAUAGGAAAAAAUGGAAAUUAUCAUAGUAAUCAUGAUCCAAGUGAAGCUGAUAGUCCAGAUAGUGGCAGUGGAUCUUCCAAUCAUAGAAGAACUGAAUCUUACCCCACACAAGAACCCACCACACUGUCUCAGGGUGACCAGAAACAAAGACGUAAAGAGCAAAAUCGAGCAGCACAACGAGCAUUCAGAGAACGAAAAGAAAGAUACGUGAAAGAGUUGCAGUUAAAGAUCAAAGAGAUGGAAAAGAAGCACGGUGAAGAACUGAAACGUGUCAAUGAUGAAAACGAACGGCUCAAAGACCUAGUGAAAAAGAUGGAAAUUGAAAUCUACACCUUGAAAGGUGCAGCUAUGGCAUUCAAUAUGUCUAUCAAUAAACUACGUGAAGCUGGUCUUGACGUCUCACACCCCGCUCCUCCUAACGCUUCCACAACAACGACGGUUCAUACCCCCACGACCCCUCCUCAUCAGCAUCAGUUCACUAACCGUCGUCCAUCUCCACCCGUGCCUCGCUCGUCCUCUGCUACCACCACCACCACCACAUCGGCUUUGGAUCAAUUACUAUCUGAUUCUUCGUCUUCUGUCAGUACUCCGGUAGAGAGUGCUCAAUCCUUACCUUUACGGCUGCAACAACGACAACAACAAAGAAACUCAAAAGGUCAAACCAUGUUUACCGACGAUGAAUUAAUGAUGGGUGAUAAGGAAGACAACAACGGCGCGGACGAGGAAGACAAUGACAAUUUUGUAGAACGAGACGCUUAUCGAUUCAAACAGCAUCGUCCAGUGGAUCCGAGCCUUCUUCCAACAUCGUCAGCAGUCAAGAUGAUACCCUGUUCUCAAAUUUGGGAACGACUAUCACAGCAUCCGAAUUUUGAUGAAUUUGAUCUCGACAAGCUUUGUGAAGAACUGAAAAAGAAGGCGAAAUGCUCUGGUAAUGGUCCUGUCAUUCCAGAGUAUGAGUUACAAGAAGUCUUGCGCAGAAUGGAUAAUCGAAUGAUUUAAACCAGCAACACCCACGCCUACAUUACAGAGAUGAUGUAUAAUAUCUACCCUACACCCCCUCCUCCCUCGCCCUACAACGUAUACAACACACCCACACCUACACCCCCCCCCCUUUUUUUUUAAUGUUCAUUUACUUUUAUUUUUAGCAUUUAUUUUUAUCCCUUUGUUUUA